CAGAAAAUGGAUCAUAUGUCCCCCAGGUUGCGAGCCUUCCUCUCUGAACCCAUGGGAGAAAAAGAUGUUGCUUGGGUAGAUGGAGUCAGUCAGGAGCUUGCAAUCAAUUUGAUCACCGAAGGUUUCAACAAGGCCUCCACCUUACUGGGACAAUUCCUUCUGAUGCACAAGAAUGAAGAUGAGUUUCAGAGGUGGCUCAUUUGUUGUUGUGGAGCCACCGAGUCUGAGGCAAAAGAAGUUUCCAACUGUCUGAAGGAGUGGUGUACUUGCUACCUAUAA